GCUGGUCUCUCUGGGGCAAAAAAAUAAUAAAAAUAAAAAUAAAAAUAAAAACCCCCACGGCAAUUUGGGACAGACAGGACGAGUUGGAGCGUGAGGGACUCCAUACAAAAGUGGGUAAUGGGCUCCACCAACGCCUGGCCUUGUCGACCAUUCCUCGUUGAAUCAUUUAGCCCAUUUCGACCCGACUCCUCCGCAAGCCCGUGCUUGUGUAUACCUCUUCUGUCUGCCGUCGGAUGAACAUAUAUCUGAUUGACGACUCCAGUUCUUGGAUCAUUGCCUUCCCUGCUACGGUCAACUCUAUAGUCCACUAUAGUGAACUUUACUGAGAUUCUCUUUUCCCCGCCAAUUUCCAACCACGCACACCGCUCGGCCUCAGGCACACCAGGGAUACUCGCCCUCCAUUUAUAGAGCGACCUCGCUCCCCUGGUCGAUCCCUGGCCAGAUUCCCAAACUCCUUUCUGAUUGUUCGGUUUUCUUGGUGUUCCCUGCAUUCUUUUUUCUCUUUCUUACUGCGCUUUUCUCUUGUUUCCCCUCAACUACUGAAUUCACCGACAAGCCAAAACUGCCGAACAAGCUUCGUUCCUCUGCCACUUCUCCGAACCCUGACCACUUCCCCCUCUCUCCUUCUUGCAUCUCCGCCCGCAUACCCACAAUUUACCAGGUCCCCGCGCCUGAAAUUUAUGCUCGCCGACGCUUAGUUUUAGCCCUUUAACCCCGCUACGCGCGCGCCUUUCCGUGUCUGGCCAUUUCGCCUCUAGGUCUCUAGACUGCACGGCCGUGUCCUACUUGCACGAUAUCCCUUCACAUUCCAGGGUUGCCGACGUUACGAUUGAUAUUGGAGUGCCGUGAUUAAAAGGUACAAUCUGUUGUCACUUACGAUUCCCUUACUCGCCAACCUUCUUCCGGCGAGGUGUCCUUGAGCAAUUGGAAUUGCUCGUCUAGGACCCUAGAAAAACCAUUCUACCGUGUCUUCUUUCAUUGCGCGCGCUCCAAGAAGCAUAUUUGGACUCCGCUGCUAGGAUCAAGCGCACCUACAACAAUGGCAUCUGUCACUUCAAUAUCGUCCGAGAAGGACAACGAGGAAGAUCGCGACAUCAUGCACGAGGAGGCGAUCGAAGAUGAGGACCAUGACAUCAGCUUGGAAAUGGAUCCGUCUCAGCGAGAAAAUCUCGAGUUUCACCAUCAAUUAGACGAAUUCCUAUCACCUCUCAGCUUAGAUGAGGGAGUGCUCUACAGAUUGGCUCGUCGCUUUUCUGAAACCUACCGCCACCUGGCCUUGACGUCGGAUCAGCAGUUUUUGCCGACCCCAGUAACUCAGCUGCCUACUGGUCACGAGACCGGCCGAUAUCUGGCAAUUGAUGUAGGAGGCAGUAAUCUCCGGGUUGCUUUUAUUGAGUUGCUCGGUGAAGUGGAUGAGUCGGAUUCCCGCCCUACAGAUGCCUCGAAGAGGUCGCGAGACACCAUUCGCAAGGCUCAGCGACAACGGGUGAAGCGCACACUGGAACGGGCAUGGCCAAUCCAGGAGCACUUGAAGAAGGACAAAGCAGAAGAUUUGUUCUCGUGGAUCGGUGACUGCAUUGCUGAAGUGGUAGCCGAGAGUUUAACGUCGGAUGCCACGAAGAAGGACAUUCCAGCAGAAUUAGAUAUGGGCAUCACCUUCAGCUUCCCAAUCAUGCAAGAAUCGCUGGCCGAGGCGACGCUGAUGCCCAUGGGCAAGGGGUUCGCUAUUACCUCCAAUCUCGAUCUUCGCAACAUUCUUCUCAAUGGAUACGAAAAGCACACCAGGAGACCGAAUGACGAGGAAGAGCCUUCUUCGAAGCGCCGGAAGCUUUUCGCUCUACCGAAGCUAAAGAUCCAGGCCAUUACGAACGACACGGUUGCGACUCUGGCUUCACUUGCAUACAAGGUGAAACAGCUACCCAACAGUCGAGUCGCUAUGGGUAUCAUUGUGGGCACCGGGUGUAAUGCGACCAUUCCGAUGAAGUUGACUGAACUUCACGAAUCCAAGGCCAAGAAUGUGAACACGAUGGAUCCUAAAGCCGUGGAGACCAUUGUUAACACGGAAUGGACCAUUUCCGGAGCUGCGCCACCCUUACGAGAGCUCAACAUUACGACCAAGUGGGAUGUUGAAUUAGACCGAGCGUGCGCACGUCCCGGGUUUCAGCCAUUCGAGUACAUGACUGGCGGUCGAUACAUUGGUGAAUUGAUUCGCUUGAUCCUGUUCGACUACCUUACCUCCAAAGGAGGGCUUUCCAAGCGAGUCCUGCCAGCGAACCUGGUUCAAGAGUACGCCUUGACAACCACCUAUAUCUCCGACAAUGUGGCGAAAGCCCGAUCAGAUCAAGACCUUGCAAAAGUGCUGAACGAAUCGCUUCCCCCACCCGAGAGCAGCGACUGGCGUUGGGAUACGCGAACCGCCGGUGCAUUCCGACGAAUUGCACGAGCAGUGCAGAGACGAUCGGCAGGACUAAUCGCCGCGGCCGUGAUAGGGCUCUUGGCCUGUUGCCGCGAAAUUGAAUUGAAGGAAGACAGCAAUGUCAACACCCCCGAAGUCGCCGCUUCCCCACAAAGCAAUGGAGACGUCCCCAUAACCAGUAGCACAGCUACCCCGUCAUCCAUCGCAACACCCGGCAACAGUGUCCACGGCCACGUUGUCCCCGUUCUACAACCGCUUCCAGCAGACUGGCAGUUCGGCCCUGAAGAGCUAGUCGUCGCUUAUACGGGCGGCAUCAUUCAACAUUAUCCGCAGUUCAAGGAGAUGUGCCAACAACAUAUUGACCGCUUGAUCAUGCGCACGGGUCCACAACGGGGAGGAAAGUCUGUCUUUUUGCGAGAAGCGUCGGAUGGUGGCGUUAUCGGUGCAGGUGUCUUGGCUGGCAUGGUUGUCGGCAAGUAAAAAGGAAAGGGAAACUUAUAUUGAUCUGUUACGCUUUACGAUUCUGGGCCAUAGCCAAUGUUCGGCUUAUUCUGCGCAUUGCUGUUCCAUCCUGCUCAUAGAAGUGAAUUGAUUCUCGCGGUGAGAGGACGCGAGCGCUGUCGUGUAAUUUUUAAGAGACAACGUCUCGAGCAUGCUUUGAAUCAGAACCUUCGGAGACGAUCUGAACGCGCACGAAAACAUAAAGCUCCUGCUUGCGCGGCUCUGCCGUGGAUGGGGCGUAAUGGGGAAUACUAGGCCGUUCCUGAGGAAUGCGGGUCCCGGCUUGUGAUGCACGGGGAUCUUCACAACGGCUUUUCAUAGCCGCUCGACAAAAGCUAAGCUUGAGCCCGUAAAGUAUCACCUGAAAUCCUCGGAUACAGAACCCAGGCUUUGCGUACCCACUGCCCAAAUGUUAUUUUCCGCGGCAAUGGCUGAAGCCAGAUACUCGUGAGUUUGAUGGCUGGGUAUGCCCACUCGAUCUCGAUAUGCCGUGUCAAGGAGCCAAACAUGCAUUUCGAAUAGCCCAAGCCGCGAUAUAUAUCCAGCAUUUACUUCCACACUCUUGCUGGGCUUGAUUCGACGUGAUUGCGUUCUGCAAUAGCUUAUAUCAAUCGGAACAUGUUGUUGCGUACGCCACGUUUCAUAGCACUUGGUUUUCCGUCUUCAUAUUCAAUGCCUGCAGCGCCUCCGUCGCCAGACAUUCGUUCUAAGCGUUCGCGAAGCUCUGCAUCGGCCUGGGCAGUUGUUUUGGUCUUAUUUGGGAUCGAUGGUUGCUUAUCGGUGGUUGAAGGAGUCUCGCUAUUCGUGCUCGUGGAUGAUUGGGUUGAAGGAUUUUUUGAAGAAUCUAUGGAUCAAAGGACA